ACCACGUUUCCUAUCAAAAGUUUACUCAACUUCAUUAUUUGUUUGCUAAAAAGGCUUUAUUUGAAAUUCCUCAGUCCUUAGGUUUAUCAUGAAUCGAAGUCUAUAAUGAUUGUGUUAAAAGCCAAGCUCCGAUCAAGCAGCUGAAACUGGUUUUCUUUUCCUUGCACUCGCACCCAAACAAGCUCCGAACAACAAGUGUCCAGGUUAACUAUUUGGUGAUAUGGCAAGCCAGAAACGGAUUCUGGUUAUUGGAGCUGGCGUAUCUGGUCUUACAGCCAUUAAAGCCUGCAAGGAAGAAAAUUUAGAUGUGGUGUGUUAUGAAAGAAUUGGAGAGCUUGGAGGGUUAUGGCGAUACCACGAAAACGACUUGGAUGGUUUGCCAUCUGUAAUGAAAUCUACCAUCAGUAAUACUAGCAAAGAAAUGUCAUCCUUCACUGAUUUUCCUCCUGCCAAAGAGUUUCCAACAUACAUGCAUCAUACAGCCGUUUUGAAAUACUUGGAAAUGUAUGUGGAGCAUUUCGGUUUACUGAGCCAUAUAACAUAUUAUCAGGAAGUGAUUGAGCUUAUACCAGCCGAAGAUUACGGAACAACUGGCAAAUGGUUGGUAAAAAUUCGAGAUCUUCACUCAGACGAAAAUCGGGAGGAAGCUUUUGAUGGAGUUAUGGCUUGCGUGGGACAUCAUGCAUAUCCAAUGUCUCCUUCUUAUCCCAAUAUGGAUGUAUAUGCUGGUCAAAUAAUCCAUAGUCACAGCUAUAAAACUUUUACUGGUUUUGAAGACAAAACUGUCCUUGUGAUUGGCGCAGGGAACUCUGGAGCUGAUAUUGCUGCAGAAUUAUCUAAUGUUGCCAAAAAGGUAUACUUAAGCACUCGAAGAGGAGCAUGGAUUUAUCCACGGCUCUUCGAAAAAGGAAAGCCGUGUGAUGUAUGCAAUAACCGAAGGUACAAGACCCUCCUUCCUUCAAAAUACACAAUGAACAAAUUAGAAAAAUUCCUUAACAAAAGAAUGGACCAUGAACGCUUUGGCAUAAAACCUUAUCACUCUGUAAGCAGCCAACAUCCGACAAUUAAUGAUGAACUUCAUGCGAAGCUUUUGAAUGGUAGAGUGAUUGUGAGACGAGACGUCAAAGAAUUCUCUGAAACUGGUGUCAUUUUCGAUGGUGAGGAAGAAUCUACUCCUAUUGAUGUUGUGUUUUUGGCAACCGGAUAUCAAGUGAAAUUUCCUUUCCUGAGUGACGAUAUUUUACGAGUUGGUAAAAACAACAAAGUGCUGUUAUACAAAAAUAUGUUUCCACCGCAACUAAAGCAUCAUACUCUGGCUGUCAUAGGACUUAUUCAACCAAAUGGAUCAUUAUUUCCAGUAUUUGAGAUGCAGUCUAGAUGGUUUGUGGCUUUAAUGACAGAAAAAUGUCAUUUACCAUCAACAGACACAAUGUUAUCUAGUGUGCGUUCAACUGAAGGAUUUCGAGCUAGAAAUUUUGUGCAAUCACCUAGACAUUCACUGGAAGCUUCAUGGUUGUCAUACAUGGAUGAGGUUGCUGAUGAAUUUGGAGUUAAGCCUAACAUGGCUGCUUUGCUUUUAAAAGAUCCAAAGUUAUUCUGGGCAUGCUUUUUUGGGCCUUGCUUACCGUAUCAGUAUCGAUUGAACGGACCACAUAAAUGGGAAGGAGCAAGAGAAGCUAUACUGGGCUAUAAAAGUAGGAUGUAUGGCCACAUAAAAAAUGGGCGUGAAAACUAAAGUUUUACUUAUGCUUGAUGCUUUUAUGUGAUUUUUUACUUGACUGACUUUUACUUGAUGCUUUUUGUGAUUUUUAUGUGAUUUUUAGAAAUGAGUGUCAGAAGUAGAUAUUUCAUUAUAAAUUUUUAUACACGAAUUUCGAUUUUGUAAAACUUUAUACACUGUGUGCAAAACUUAACUCAGUAUUUGUUGUUUUAUUGCACUAAAGCGACAUUUUUUGAAAACAAUGUGUGAUAUCGGUUGUAUUUUUUACCUGACAAAUGGAUUAUGCUUUUGAUUUCAUUCCCAGAUGAUUUUAAUAUUUUCAUUUCUUCGCUGCAAGUACAUUAUUAUUGUUAUGUCAAAACAAAUUACUUUAAGUGUUAGAGCAGAAACAUUAUUAAAAGUUUGCUUGUUUCAAAAAGUUACCAAAAUUCAGUUGAGCCAAAUUCGUCGUAAAAAGUUAUUACUAAAUAUGUUAUGACGGGAAAAGUAAUUGUUUUUUUUAAUUAAAAAAAAGAAAAGAAAAACAAAUGAAAAACUAAGUGUUAAUUUCUUGUAAAAUAUUUCUUGAUAUCAUUUUUAUAAUUGCAUGAGUUUUAAGCAGUUCAGUAUAAUUUUCUAUUCAAAAAAAAGAAAAAAAAUUCAGAAUUAAAAAUUUUGUUUUGUCAUUGUGUUUACAUUAGCUUUAUGUGACUGUUGCUAAUUUACAUUAGCAACAGUCACGAUUUACUAAAAGCUAUUGUAGAGAGUACAUAAUGCUUAAAACUCAAUAGUUAAUCAUAUUUUUAAAAAGCAAAAGUUUUCAUUUAUAUUUAAUAGUGUUUUUCUUCUUUCGUUCUUUCCACUAGCGUAUAGGUCUGAAAUAUUACAUUAUUUGUUAUUUCAUAACUUACUACUUGUAAAAUGGUGUUAUA